CUACCUGCCUCUCUCUCUCUGUCCCAGAGCACUGAUAAACUGUUUUUGUAGCUGCAUCGACUCUCGGGCAGCUGAACCUCUCUCUUUCCAUCCCUUCCACUUCUUUUUUCUCGUCUUUCACCCCUGACUUUGUUGCCAACAUGUAUCGUAACCCGUGGAUCUCGAAUUACCUGACUCAUGUCACGUUUUGCAGCCAAGGGCUCGGGAGUGAGAUCCCCAAUAAACUGAGCAACCCCAGAUUGCUGCAGAAGAGAGCUUUGAGCUUUCCGAAAGAAUUCUGCCUUGACGAAAAAGAGAACUCGGCAAAAAGCAGCAAGGAAAUAGACGUUGGUCUCUUGGCCAAUCUCCCAAGAGUUUCUGAAUUGAGGAAGCGAUUUGAAGGUAUUGCAACAAGCACUAGUGACUGGGAAAUGAACAGAAAGGAGCGUAUCGCUCGGCGGUUGGAGGGCAUUGAUGGUGAGGUGCAUCCGUCUCUGCUCCCGAGUUUGGUGGUCAACCGGCUUCUGGAGGAGGACACAACCAGAUACACGAAGGCCUCGGAUCCCUGUGAGCCCUUUGGUGUUACAGUUCAGCGAUACGGCAAGGAUGGAUUUGAGUGCCAAGAGACGCAGGUGGCUUCUCCAGAGCAACAGGCCAGAGCUCUGCUCAGACCUGACCCUCAAUCCUCCAUCCACACGGUGCCUGCCUGCGCUUCGGUUUCCACCACCAAAGGCUCUGAGCUCGAGUCAAAGGCUGAACGGAUCGCCCGCUACAAGGCCGAGAGGCGCAGGCAGCUGGCAGAGCGCUAUGGCAUCUCUUUAGAUCAGGAGCCGGACUUGGGACAACUCCCGCGCUCCACUCGCACCCGGAAGGAAUCGGAAGGCUCAGAGAGGCGCAUCCGAAGGGAGUCCAUGGGGGAAGACGAGCCGGACACCGGCAGCUCAGCCACCGACCCUCGGGCCCCACUGCACAGCCACUCGGACCCGGAUCAAGGGAUGGGUCGGACCAGGGCAGGCUCCUUUUCAGAGAGGGAGAGGCUGAUGAAUCUAGAGAAUCAACGUAGAGCCCCUUCGCCCGAGCCCAUGUCCUCUUCCUCAUACAUGGACGUGACAUCGUUGUCCUCGGCCGCCAGGGUUCCUGCCAAGGAGCACUCCGUCACAGCCAUGCAACCUAGUUCACCCAAGCUAAGCAGGCACCUCUCUCUGUCCUCACCUAAGCAGGGGCCGUCUCCUGGGGACCUGUUCAUCGAGCAGCAGGCCCACAACAUUCUCAACAGACAGGGUGCGAGGGCGAGCACUGAUUGGUCCCUCCAGACUGAUGCUGAGGGCGACACCCAUUCCCUCAUCAACUGGCCCUCGAGAAUCCGAGUUAGGGAGAGACUUGCCAGGGAGGGCUGCCAGCAGAGCCCAGAGCCAGCACCAGUUACAGAUGUGCCAAUCGACCGCAGACCCCGGACCCAAACCUCGACACCCCAACACGCAGCUCCACAAGAGCCCGAGCGGGUCUACCCCCAUUCUCAUCUCACCCGACAUGGGCCGCCGGGAGGUCAAGAAGUUGGCGGUUACCCAAGUUAUCUGUCUAUGGCUUCCGGUUCGACGUCAGGUCCUGGGCUGCAAGAGCCGCUGGAAGACCAUGCCGAGGAGUCCCAAGUUGUCAAGACAGGGGGCCUCUUGAGGAGCAGGAAAGCCGUGCUGCCCUCAGACAUACGCCGCAGGGAGAGGAGCACUGAGGACCCGCGGAGAAGAAUGGUGGAAGAGGAGCAAGGGAUGACCACAGGGAAUGAGGUGGAGGUAGAGGGACCGGCGAGAGGACGACGACCAAGCAGAGCAAGGCGGGACGAAACGGAGGCGACCGUCCGUCUUCAAUCCUCAGGGAGAGGGCCCGCAGAGCGAGAGAAUGCCCCUCAUAUCCACAAAGGGAUGGCCGCCCAUGCACCCCAGAGUCGCUCCGUGUCAGAGGCUCGGGAUCCACGGGGGUUCAGUCAGAGGGACCCACAGCAGCACGGCUAUGACCGCCAAGUAGUCAGGCAGCGUGACGAUGUCACACACCGAGAGAGGCUCCAGGACAGUCGAGUGUCGGUGGCACAGCUCAGGUCCUCCUACGCGGAUAGCGGCACCACCACCCCUCACACCGACCGCAUCAAAGAGCUUGCUUUUGUGGGGGACGUGGCUCUCGCAGGCAACGGGGCACCGUGGAGAGGGAUGAGGGAGAGGGGGCGCAGGCCCCUGCAAUAUGUCAAUCCCGGGGAGAGUAGAAAGACCUCAGAGAGAUUUAGGACGCAGCCCAUCACGUCUGCCGAGCGCCAGGAGACCGAUAGGUCCCUGGUGAGUUCAGAUCUUGCUCCCACUGAAGCUGAUGAAGAGAAGCUCGAUGAGCGGGCCAAGCUGAGUGUAGCCGCCAAGCGCUCUCUGUUCAGGGCGCUGGAGAAGACCAUUGAUGGUGGAGCUCCAAAACUGCGGUCCAGGAACACGGCAGUGGACAGGAGACUCAGGAGGACACAAGACCGGUCCAGGACUCAGCCGGUGACCACGGAGGAAGUAGUCAUCGCCGCCACCGUUCCCACUCACGCGCCGCACACAGUGACCUUUCAAACUGCUGUAGCACGCGUCCCUAGCCCCACCCUAGUUCACAGCACUGCCCCAGCAUACAGCCUGCAGGCGUCGUUGCAGCAAGGUGCUGCUGCACCCCGGAAGAAGAGCGCCGCCGCCGCCGCCGCCCGGCAGGUGCAAGACACCAAGGUGUACCCGAUCCCUAAGCCGGUGUCCACAAUGGAGGAAAAGGCUCCCGCUGAGGGUCCAGAUGAGCCCGACCUCAGCACUCUCAGUCUGGCGGAAAAGAUGGCGCUGUUCAACCGGCUGGCUCAACCUCCCAUCAGGGUCACUCGCACCAGGGGGGACACGCGCCAGCGCAGGGCCAACGCCCGCUACCAGACGCAGCCCAUCACGCUGGGAGAUAUGGAGCAGGAGCCUUCAGACAUAGACGUGAGGGAUGACCCGGAGCUGUGCUACAGCCCCGGAGAGCCUCCACAACUUCAAAACCAUCCGGCCUCUCGGGUGGGAAACCUCCCCGCCUCCUCAUCCUCCUCCUCCUCCGCUCAGAGAGGCAGCACCAUCUCCAUGAACCAGGCCGGAGACAUCCACUUAACCCGAGCAGCAACGAGGUCCCAGGUGGAGCCCCUCCUCCCCAGUUUUGAGGGCCCUUCCCAGGGGGGCCAGGACCCGGCGGACCACCGGAGCGGCCAGGACCCGGCGGACCACCGGAGGGGCCAGGACCCGGCGGACCACCAGAGGGGCCAAAUGUUGUCGCGGGGCAAAGAUGGCCCUGAUCUGGGAGGAGGGAAGAGGAAGCUGUCCUCCCCGGAGGGAGCGGUCAGGCAGGCUGCUAUGCCCCAGCCCCAGACGGGAGGAAAGAGAAGGGAGGUGGACGAAGAGGAGGUGGGGGGGGGGGGAGGAGGAGAGGAGGAGGAGUGGCAGCUGGCUAAAGGGUGGGGAGACGCAGCGAUGCAGAGCUCAGAGAGUCCCAUGAUCCUGGAGCAGCAGGAGACGCACGCACUAAAUGCAGACAGCCAGAAGAGCUGGGCCGCCAGCGGGGCGCUGCCGGACUCGACUGUGGCCACAUCCAUAGUCGCAUCGCUUUCCCCUGUCAGCGUUGGCCCUCCUCCGGCAGAUGGCCCUUUUCAGCCGGAGGAGGAGGAGGAGGAGCUAAGCAACAUGAUGAGGGCCAGACAGAUGUCCAUCAGAGACAGAGUGGCCUUGUUGAAGAAGAGUGGCGAGGACGACUGGAGGAGCCGGAUCAACAGGAAGCAAGACGCGGCGCAGGCGGCUGCCGGUGAACAGCAUGUCCACCACUGGCAGGAGGAGGAGGAGGAGGAGGAGGAGGAGCAGCAGCAGAGUUUCAAGAAGAAGGAUGACGAGCUGCUGAUGAUGAUCGAUGAGAUUGACGUGUCCGAAGAGCUCUGGGUAACACACACACACACACACACACACACAGGCACUGUGGUGGUAUUUAUCAAGGGCAUUUCAAUUGGAUUGAUGGUGUGUGUGUUCGCGAAAAUACGGUACACAUGUCUCCUCUCUGCAUGGCUGUGUCUCUCUGCCACUGCGUUCUGUCCUCUUUCCCCCCCUCCAUCCCUCGAUGAGUCGGCCAGCCAGGCCACAAGAUCUCCCGGACCCACCCGGGUGGAUGAGAGACACCCCUGGAGACGGAAGAGAAUCGCUGAGGCGGAGAUGGAGCACCAAGGGAUGGAGGCUCACUUGUCCAUCCAGGAGAGGAAGCGGCUGAUCGUAGCCCAGGAGGAGUCCUGGAGGACCAAAGGCUCCGGCGCCGCCAACGACUCCACCCAGUUCACUGUGGCCGCACGCAUGGUGAAGAAAGGGUUGGCUUCCCCUUCGGCCCUCCAUGCCCCAGUGUCCUCCAAACCCAAGAACGGCAGCCUCGCCAUCGCCAAACCUCAAGAAGACACAAUGGAGAUGUCUGAUAUGGAAGAGAUCAAGGCCAUGCCAGAUCUGAACCUGGAGUCAGACAUGAAGCUGGAUAAACUGGAGUCAUUUAUUGGCAAGCUCAACAGCAAAGUGUCUGGACUGCCAGAAUCGACCAUCGCAGUCACGCAGAAGAAGGUGAAAGAGGUGAUGACCCUCGAAGACGAAACGUUCUCCAAGUUCUACCGCCAAGUGGAGGAGCUCCCCAGCACCACCAACAGGGUGGAGAUCAGCCUCGACGACUUCGAUGCCAUCUUUGGCCCCCAGCUGCCAAAGCUGACCUCGGAAAUGGAGCAGCACAAGCGGGCGGUGCGCCCCACACGUAAUGUCCAGUCGUCCAGAAACCCUCUGAAGAUGCUGGCUGCCAGGGAGGACCUCAGACACGAGUACACGGAGCAGAGGCUCAACGUCGGCCUGCUGGAGAGCAAGAGGAUGAAGGCUGAGAAGAUGAACAAAACCUCUGGUUUCUCCGACGUGGCUCUGGCCGGUCUGGCGAGCAAGGAGAACUUCAGCAACAUCAACCUGCGCAGCGUCAACAUCUCCGAGCAGAUGUCCAACAAUAGCGCUGUGCCUUACAAGAAACUCAUGCUCCUACAGGUCAAAGGCCGGCGACACGUCCAGACCAGGCUGGUGGAGCCCAGAGCGUCCUCCCUGAACAGCGGAGAUUGUUUCCUGCUUGUAACUCCACACCACUGCUUCAUCUGGACCGGAGAGUUUGCCAACGUGAUCGAAAAGAACAAGGCCUCAGAAUUGGCAAACUUCAUCCAGAGAAAGAGAGACUUGGGUUGCCGAGCCAACUACGUCCACGUCAUCGAGGAAGGCGUCGGCACGCACAGCCAUUCUGCCAAGGACUUCUGGAAUAUUUUGGGGGGGCAGUCAAGUUAUCAGUCCGCAGGGACACCUGACGAAGACGAGCUGUAUGAGGGGGCCAUCGUGGAGACCAACUGUAUCUACCGCCUGGUGGACGACAAGCUGGUCCCAGAUGAUGAUUUUUGGGCCAAGGUCCCCAGCUGUUCCCUACUCUUCCCCAAGGAGGUUUUGGUGUUUGACUUUGGCAGCGAGAUGUACAUAUGGCACGGGAAGGAAGUGACCCUGGCACAGAGGAAGGUGGCCUUCCAGCUGGCAAAGCACCUGUGGAACGGAACCUUUGACUACACCAACUGUGACAUCAACCCGCUCGACCCUGGGGAGUGCAACACUCUCAUACCCAAGAAAGGUCAGGGUCGACCAGACUGGGCUGUGUUUGGCAGGCUGACUCAGCACAACGAAACCACCCUGUUCAAAGAGAAGUUCCUGGACUGGUGUGACUCCAGGAGAACACCAAGCCCCGCCAAAAACAAUGAACACAUCGCCAAUCAAAAGGAGCAGCCCCCCUUCAGUCAGCCCCAUGCCUAUGACGCCUCCCUGAUGCUGCCCCUCCCUCAGGCGCCCGUCUGCACCAAGCUGGACGGAUUCAAAGUGGGGCGGGGCUAUGGCCUGGUGGAGGCCGAGGAGUGGCGCAGCUACCAGAUCAGCACACUGGGCGUGGAGGUGUGGCACAUUCUGGAGUUUGACUACAGCCGCCUGCCGCUGCAGAGCAUAGGCCAGUUCCACGAGGGGGACACGUACGUGAUGAAGUGGAAGUACAUGGUCAGCGCUGCCGUUGGGAGGAGACAGAAAGCGGCGCAGCAGAAGUCGGCGGGGGCCGGGAGGGAGAAGUGCUGCUACUUCUUCUGGCAGGGCCGCAACUCCACCGUCAGCGAGAAGGGGACGUCAGCGCUGAUGACCGUGGAGCUGGACGAGGAGCGUGGAGCGCAGGUUCAGGUCCAGCAGGGUAAGGAGCCUCCGUGCUUCCUGCAGUGCUUCAAAGGAGGGAUGGUGAUCCACUCGGGGAGGAGAGAAGAGGAGGAGGAGACCUCUCAGAGUGACUGGCGCCUGUACUGCGUGCGGGGGGAGGUGGAGGUGGAGGGCCACCUGCUGGAGGUGGCCUGUCACUGCACUAGCCUUCGCUCCAGGGCGUCCAUGGUGCUGCUAAGUGCGAGCCAGGCCGCCAUCUACCUGUGGCACGGCUGCAAGUCUCAGGUGCACACGCGGGCGGUGGCGCGCACCGCCGCCAACCACAUCAAAGAGCAUUGUCCUCUGGAAACGGGCCUCCACAGCAGCAGCAAGGUGACCAUCUGGGAGUGCGAGGAGGGAGCAGAGCCCGCGGGAUUCUGGGAGCCCCUCAGGAGGAGGGACAGGAAAGCGUACGACUGCAUGCUGCAAGACCCGGGGAGGUUCAACUUCUCACCGCGUCUGUACCAGCUGAGCAGCAGCUCUGGGGAGUUUGUGGCAGCAGAGUUUCUUUACCCCGCCAGAGACCCCAUGGAGGUCAACUCCAUGCCCUUCCUGCAGGAGGACCUCUAUGCGGCUUCACAACCAGCCCUGUUCCUGGUCGACAACCACCACGAGGUGUAUCUGUGGCAGGGCUGGUGGCCUCAGGACAGCGAAAGCACCGGCUCAGCCCGGAUCCGCUGGGACUCGGACAGGAAGUGUGCCAUGGAGACGGUGCUGCAGUACUGCAGAGAAAAGAAUGAGAAGAAGCCUCCCAAAGCGUACCUGAUCCACGCCGGUCUGGAGCCCCUCACCUUCACCAACAUGUUCCCCAGCUGGGAGCACAGAGAGGACAUCGCUGAGAUCACUGAGCGGGAGGCUGAGGUGUGUAACCAGAUCAUCCUGGUGGAGGACGUAUUGGCCCGGCUAUGUAAGACCACGUACCCGCUGGCAGAUGUUCUGACCCGUCCGCUGCCUGAGGGCGUCGACCCUCUUCGCCUGGAGGUCUACCUGUCGGACGAGGACUUUGAGGGUGUAGGGGCUUAUGGGAAGAAAGCCCUGCAGACCUCCAGAGAGGAGUACAACGCUUUGCCUGGCUGGAAGCAGGUGAAGCUGAAGAAAGCCAAAGGACUUUUUUAAGGGGGGUUGAGCCAGAGAGCUAACCUGAAGACCACGGGACCUCCGGGACACAGCGGAGGCUCUGGCGCUCUGCCUCACCUGAGGUAACCACGAGGGGCGAGGGCCGGAGCUACAGACGAGGUGUCCCCCCCCCCCCCCAUCCUUCCGUCGGUGUUCCGGCCGUGUAGUUAGGAGACAAAUGCACCUUACGAGAAGUUUAUUGAAUUUAAUGUUAAUGUACAUAUGUACCAUAUGCAGAAAACAGCCAUUCAGCCUUCUGUGAAGAGUGGGAGCAGACCUGUCAGCCUGUUCAACCCACUUCACAUGCUGUGCUACUGCUUUACCUGUUUGUCCGUUACAAAUCAUUUAUAUUUAUCAAAUGCAUAUGGGAUUUUUUUUUUUUUUUUGAAGAUCCAUGAAUAUUCACUGAACUAUAAAUUAUGAAUGAUAUUGAGUCAGUCUGUCAUUUGAUGAUAAAUACUGGAUAUCACAGAACUCUCUGUACCACUCGCCAUUUUACAAAUCCAACAAUGCAGCUUUAUUUUUGCUUUGAGCGUCGUUAUUGUGUCAGAAGAAAAGAAUGUAAGGCGGGGUAAUGAUAUAAUGUGUGUAAUACCUGGUUUGUUUUUUUUAUCCUUCAAUGUAUAGUGCCUUGCUUUUGUGUACAGUUUCUAUACAGAUCCUAGUCAGCACUUUUGUGAUAUAAAUAUUAGAGAAAUAAACUCUGAAAAUGUA